AGGGAUGGCGUACUUAAGUUGCUGUGAAUGCGGAAUAAGGAGGGCUGCGGAGCUGGGUGAUCACAGGGCACAACUGACCGACUUUCAGUCUGAGUUCAGUAAGGAUUUGUACGGGUAAAGAGGCGGCUGAAUGAACUACCGCUGUCCUGCUGGGUUUAUUUUUAGGAAUAUAAUAAAUAAAGAACAUUGAAUGCUGAGAUAAAGGAAAUAGCUAGCCACCUAGCUAGUGUUAGCAAACCUGCUAACCAGCUAGCCCCCCCAAAAAAACCGUCGAAAACGGAAGUGGUGAAAAAAAGUGCCCCGGAUUACAAAUUGCAGAUCGACAAGGUGCGCCGGUUCGUGGAAAUCGCGAGCGAUGGAUGGUGACGAGAGGGCCGCCUCCGAGAGAAUCCUCCUGGAGCCAUACAAAUACCUGCUGCAGCUGCCAGGGAAACAAGUGAGGACAAAACUUUCCCAAGCAUUUAACCACUGGCUCAAUGUCCCAGAAGACAAACUGCAGGUGAUCAUCGAGGUGACGGAGAUGCUGCACAACGCCAGCCUGCUGAUCGACGACAUCGAGGACAACUCCAAGCUGCGGCGCGGCUUCCCCGUGGCCCACAGCAUCUACGGCGUCCCGUCCGUCAUCAACUCGGCCAACUACGUCUACUUCCUGGGCCUGGAGAAGGUGCUGACGCUGGAGCACCCGGAGGCGGUGCAGGUGUUCACGCGGCAGCUGCUGGAGCUGCACCGCGGCCAGGGCCUGGACAUCUACUGGCGGGACACCUACACCUGCCCCAGCGAGGCCGAGUACCGCCGCAUGGUGCUGCAGAAGACCGGCGGCCUCUUCGGCUUGGCCGUGGGUCUCAUGCAGCUGUUCUCCGCCUGGGACCGCGACCUCAAGCCCCUGCUGGACACGCUGGGCCUCUUCUUCCAGAUCCGCGACGACUACGCCAACCUGAACUCGCGCGAGUACAGCGAGAACAAGAGCUUCUGCGAGGACCUGACGGAGGGCAAGUUCUCCUUCCCCACCAUCCACGCCAUCUGGUCGCGGCCCGAGAGCACGCAGGUGCAGAACAUCCUACGGCAGCGCACCGAGAACGUGGACAUCAAGCGCUACUGCGUGGACUACCUGGAGAAGGUGGGCUCCUUCGCCUACACCCGCCAGACACUCCUGGACCUGGAGGCCAAGGCCUACAGCCUCAUCCAGGAGCUCGGGGGCAACCCGGAGCUGGAGGGCCUGAUCAAGCAGCUGAGCCGCAUGUACAAGGAGGAGUGAGGCACCCCCCUCCCCCCCCAAGGGGCGUCCCCUCAGCCCACGACACACAGUGACAGCGUGUCACUGCAGAGCAAGUGGGGAGGUCGUCUGUCAGAAGUAUUCCUUCUUAGCGAGCUUAUAAACAGACCUCAGUACACAAAGGAGCCUUACAUUUUGCCUAUUUUUUUUCUAUCACAAAAUACUUUUCCUAUUUUAGUUCAGUUAUGUUGUGAUCACUGUGAUCAGGGCAUGUUUUUGACAUACUUAAUGUGAGUCGGAGGAGCUGUGAAGGUGUAGAAGGCAAGAUUUACGUAUCAGAAACUACCAGAGUGCCACAAAUACAGUAAUGUACUUUACCAUUUCAUACAGAUCUGGAGUAGAUUUCUUUUGUCUUUAGUCACUUAUAUACAGCAUGAAAAUGCUACUGUACCUUUUUACCUUUUGAAGCAGUCCCCUUGCCAUCUUACAGUGAGUAUUGUGUGUGUUGGUAAGUUAGGUUUCGUUAUGUUGGGGAGCCUCAGUUGGAAAAUGGAAGCAAACCCGAAGUUGUCUAAAUGUCUCUUGUAUUUAAAUGGCUGCCUCUGAAAUCAGUUUCAGACCUCACCUGCUGCAUGUAGUGGUUCGUAUAACUGACCAUUCUGAGCAUGUCAUGUUGAGACACUCAAGACCUUUGAAAAGAGGACCUCUGGAAAUAUGAUUGAAACAGUUUGGGUUGGAAUAUUGCACAGCUGAAUUUAAUUCUUUGCAAAGAACUCCAAAAUUGUUAAUAAAAACUCAAAUGUGCUGCCAAAACCUUCCGCUGCCUGAACCUUUUGAGAUGUGAUUUAGAAGGGCCGACAGCUAGAGAUUAAAUCCAUUCCCUCGCGAUUGCACGUCGACCGGAGUUUCCAGGGGAAGGCAGAGCUGUCAAGGACUCGGCUAAUGAAAAGGCAUUACUGGAACAGUUCUCAGAUCCUCAUACCGUCAGAUGGGCCGCGUGAUGAACUGAAUCGUGUAACCAGACUCAUACAUUCAAAUGAUUCGUUUUUAAUUACUCUAUCACUAAAGAUCUGUGGUGCGCAGACAGAGAAAUUGCCUUAAAGAUGACGUUAUUCUGCGAUGCAUACCACACAGCGUUAGCCAGCUACAUCUAUUGAUGGUUAAUACACGGUUUAUUGAUACUGAGCAGAGUUUGAAACGCUAUCUGGACAGGAUUUGUCACGCCUGCCACAGUUUAUGCACCACCAAGCUAGCCUGCUCCAGGCCUGCCUGGCAGGGGCUGAAGGGCUGUUUGUGUUACAGACUGCCCCCUGCUGGUCGUACCCUGCAGGAGCUCUGAGCAGUGGUUGGCGCCAACCACCCCCUCCCCUCGCAACCACUCCUCUGCAGGCCCUUUAGAAAUUCAGAGCUAAUAUUAGACGGCACCAGGGCGGCUCGCAUUCAGUAUGUAAUCUGCUGUCGUCCUCCCCAGCUGAGCACGGGUAAGCUUUGCACUCUAGUUUAUGGCCUCCCAGUGGCUUAAUUCAUUUAUUAUGAUUUUUUGGGGGGGGGUGUUCCAUUCUUUACUUACAGUGAGCAAAGAAAGUUUAAAAGCACAUUAUUGCUUGGGGAGAGCCUUUUGUUGCUGGUAUUAUGGUUGCUGAAUGAGGACAAUACAGGAUAUGCCUUGGGGCUUCGGGCAUUUAUUUAUGAACAAUAGUAAACCCUUUAUCUAAAUUAAUAUUUGAGUCCCUUCUUUGGUCUACUGCCAUUUCUCUAUAUGACUGUAUUUGAUUCUGUGGGAAGGAGAAUCAUGGACCAGGUGAGGGCAAGUGGAAUGGUGUUUUGUUAUGUACAAAAGACUACAUACUGCUGUAUUUAUGCACUGUAAGAGGCUUAUUUUUUGUACUGAUCCAUUGAACAAAGUGUAACGUUGAUGGAGAAGUUCUAAAACAUGGAAAAAUAAACCAGUGUGAA